AAAGCAAUAGGAAGAAGAGUAUCAAUAAUAAACAACCACCCCCGGUAAUCAACGACGACAACCUACCUGUCUCUGAACCUAUACCUGCAGAGCCCGCCUCCGACGAGAAGGCAGUUGCGGAAGAUGGGGUCCUCGGUCCAGUAUGCACAACUUCCCAAGUUUGAAUAUCAAAAAGUCGCGAGUCAUUAUCAAACCUUCGAUCGUCGUACUUUAAAAUCCGCAUUAUAUCCUGUCAAUUCUACCGUUUCUCGUACGACUCGUCUGACUCCAAACAAGGACCAGGGCGAUGGCGAUGAACCUAAUGAGGCGGAAAGUGCCCCGGCAGGAGAUGACGCUGCCGCGCCGGAUGCUGAAGCAGCCGAAGAUGCGGCGCCACCUGAGGAAUCAGCAGAACCAGCCGACGAAGAGGUAAAGUCCGAGGAAGAAGCUACACCCGAGGAAGAGGCGAAACCCGAAGGCGAAAACGAAGCCCAACCUGAUGAAGCAGCACCCGAGGCAGAAGAAGCAACUGCGGUUGAUGGUGACGACGCACCAGCUUCAGAGGAAGGUGUCCCCGAAGAGAACCAAGAGGAACAACCUGCAGAAGAAGCUCCUGAAGAAGCGGAACCGACACCAGAAGAGCCUGGUGAGGAUGCACCACCAGCGGCAGAUGAAGCUCCCGCAGAAGAAAAUCAAGGAAAAGAUGAUGGGGAAGGCGACGCCGCAGAAGCUGAACCCGAAGCAACCGAAGAGGCUAGCGCAGAAGAACCCGCUGCUGAACCUGCGGAUCCUCCUGCUGAAGACGAGCCAGCCGUCGACGAAACCGCCCCUGCAGAUGACGAUGCCGCUGCACCUGAAGAACCCGCCGCUGAAGAGCCUGUAGCCGAAGCUGAGGCUGAGGUUGAAAGCCCACUGGAAGGCGAAAACGAGGAGGCACCAGCAGACAACGAAAGGCCUGAAGAAACACCAGCUGAGCAAUCAGAAGGCGAUCAAGAAGGCACAAAAGAACAGGAACCAGCACCAGAAGAACCCGCCGAAGCAGAAGACGCUCCACCAGAGGAGCCCGCUGCUGAUCCGGAACCUGCUGGCGACGAAGCUGAAGCUGCUGCGGACGAAAGUACAGUCGAGGAGGCGCCUGAAGAGCCCCCAGCUGAAGAGCCACUGGUAGAAGAACCAGCUGCCGAAGAAAGCCCCGAAGAGCCUCCAGCUGAAGAAGCCCCAGCACCAGCAGAGGAAGCGGAACCAGCGGCAGACGAAACAGCUGAAGAGGAGACCCGCCGAGGAAAACGCUGAAGAAACACCCGCCGAACCAUCGCCUCCCGAAGAAGAAUCAGCUGCAACUGAGGAACCUGCUGAGGAACAACCUGCUGAGGAGAAAGAGGCCCCAGCUGAAGAGGCUCCUGAGGAAGAACCUGUCGAAGAAGCUGCAGCUGUCGAUGAACCUCCCACUGAGGAACCUGCUGAAGAAGAAUCCGCUGAAGGGUCCGCUGCUGAGGACCCAUCCGCCGAAGAACCUGCUCCCACUGAUGAACCUUCUGCUGAAGAGGAGGCUUCAAAAGAAGUUCCAGCCGAGGAGGCUCCAGCCGAAGAACCCGCCUUUGAAGA